AUGCCGAUCUUGCGCUGGGCGUUGGCGGUGGGGGUGUCGGUGGAGAGGGGGGUGGUGGGAGGGGGGAAUCUCGGGGAGGAGGAGCGGACCUUGAUGGCGGCGAGAGGUGGCAGGUCGGAGUCCGGCGGCUGGUGCUGCAUUUCUCACGAAUUUGCAAAGCCAGUCCCCAGGCUCCCGGCGGCGCCCGACCCGAUCUGGUCCGACCCGCCGCCGUACUUGAAGCCCGCCGGAGAUCCGUACCCGGCCGUAUCGGAAACCGGGUCCGGGAACUGGCCGGCCUCGGCCGCCUUCCUCCACCGGUCCUGCAUCAUCAGCUUCUCGAGCUUCUCCACACCCAUCCCCCUCCUCCUCGGGCCGCCGUCGCCGCCGUUCCUGCCCUUCCUCCUCCCAGGGCCCCGACGCGGCGGCGCCGCGCCUCGGCGGCCGUGCUCGUGGGGGCCGGGGCUCGCGGCCCGGCGGUGGUGGUGGUGGUCGGCAGAGGAGGCCGCCGUGAUAAUUGAGAGAGAGAAAGAGGAGAGAGGAAGCAGACCAGAAGUGGGAAGUACAGCUGAGAAAUGCGAAUUAGUCUUACUCUAUGUGGACUUGGCUUGGGGUGAGCUGAAAUCCUAA